AUGUAUGAUUUACUUAGCACAGACUAAGUCAAAAUACUCCACUACGCGUAAACCCGAUUUAUUAAAAACAUUACUUUGGUGAAAGGGUUCAUUUUCGUACGUGCGUUUUUUUAUUGUUAACCGGAAGUAGUUUGACUCACUCGCGAACUGCAGCCGUUACCCCAAAACGAACAGCUUUUUUAAAGCAAUAAUGUAUUAAUUAUUUCUUUACAUUGUAAAUAUGUAUCUUUAGCAUUAAUGACGUUUAUGGCAAAUUAGCAACGUUGAAUUAUUUAACACGUGACCGGAAGUAUAAUCUGAUUUCCAUGAACUAACUACGCAUAACUGGAUUGGUGUAAGCAGAUUCGUUGCAAGUGACCUCGCUCAGCUUCAUACGUUUGUAAAUCGAAUUUUUGCUUCGCUAGAAGCGCAGCCAGCGCGUCACGGCAGUCAGCUGAUUCAUUCACAUGACCGCCCGUUCUAGUUUCUGCCGAAACUUGUUCCACGUAAUCCCUGCUGUACUCGAUCGGAACCAUCACGUGAAGUUAGUUGUAGGACAUCGGGACUUCCGGUGAAGCUGACUAUGUUUGCAGCGUGAGUCCGCGCGAAGAGGCUCCGAGGCGGGUUGAGGGGCUGCGGCGUGGCUGAUUCCUGGAGGUGUUUCCAAACAAACAAAAUGGGUCCAGAGGGGAAGAAGCUGCUGAACAUCGUGAUCCUGGGCUUCGGCUUCAUGUUCAUGUUCACCGCCUUUCAAACGUGCGGCAACAUCGAGCAAACGGUUCUCAAGAGCUUCAACAGCACCGACUUCCACGGGAGCGGCUACACCAGCAUGGCCAUCAUCUACGGGGUCUUCUCCGCCUCCAACAGAAUCGCCCCCUCCGUGGUGACUGUCAUGGGGCCGCAGUUUUCCAUUUUUUUCAGGGGCUUUCUGAACAGCGGCUACAUCGCCAUGUUCAUCUACCCGUACACGUGGAGCUUCUACACGGCCUCCGUGUUGGUGGGAGUCGGAGCGGCAGUGUUGUGGACGGCUCAGGGCAACGUGCUGGCCAUCAACUCCUCUGAGAACACCAUAGGAAGGAACAGCGGCAUCUUCUGGGCGCUGCUGCAGUUCAGCUUGUUCUUUGGAAACCUCUACAUCUACUUUGCCUGGCAUGGACACGACCACAUCACAGACAAGGACCGUCAGACGGUGUUCAUCUCUCUCACCGUCAUCAGUCUGGUGGGCUGCUUCCUCUUCUUUCUCAUCCGGAAGCCGGAUCCAGAACCAGCUGCCAACGAGGCGGCGGAGUCGCUGCUGCAGGCCGACUCCACCGAGAGCUGCUCCGGAGCAGGCUCGGCCCGCCCCGGCCUCUGGUCACAAGCUCUGGAAGCUUUUGUGAAGGCCUGUAAAAUGUUCGCCACCCCGGAGAUGCUGCUGCUGAGCGUCUCCAUCGGAUACACAGGCCUGGAGCUCACCUUCUACAGCGGCGUGUACGGGACGUGUAUCGGAGCCAUGACGCGCUUCGGACACGACGCCAAAAGUCUGAUCGGCCUCUCGGGGAUUUGCAUCGGCAUCGGGGAGAUCUUAGGGGGGGGCGUGUUCGGGAUGAUGAACCGCUGCAGUCGCUUUGGGAGGAACCCGGUGGUGCUGCUGGGCCUCGUCACACACUACGCCGCCUUCUACCUCAUCUUCCUCAACAUCGCCCCCGACGCCCCCAUUGCCCCCGAGGGGGGGACGGACCUGCAGGCCUUCAUCAGCCCCAGUGUGGGCGUGGCCCUCCUCUGCAGCUUCCUCCUCGGUUUAGGAGACAGCUGCUUCAACACUCAGCUGUUGAGCAUCAUCGGCUUCACCUUCCACGACAACAGCGCUCCGGCCUUCGCCGUCUUCAAGUUCAUCCAGGUGACUCCUCCCCUGCAAUCCAUCAUGGCCGCCAUGGCGUUCUUCUACAGCAACUUGCUGCUCCACUGGCAGCUGCUCAUCAUGGUGCUGACGGGCUUCCUGGGCUCCGUCACCUUCUUCCUGGCCGAGUGGAGGGCCGAGUCCAGCCGGAGGGAGUCCGACUAUGACAGCAUCUGAUGAAGAUGAUGAUGAUGAUGAUAGGGGGACGGGGGGACGGGGGGGGGCGUACGCCAGUCUGAUGCUGAGGUACGUUUGUUUUUUUCACCUGUAUAAGCCUCUAGAACCUUUUGCCUGUAAUUAACAGUCAAACAGAUGAAGCUCGUUCUAGUUCCUCACGGCCUCUGCGUCUGAACCCAAUCGGCACCAAUGUGUCCCGACUUCACUGAGACGGAAACAAAAAAAAGGCCCUUUUUGUUGAGAGGGCGUCACGCUGACAUAAACACAGCUGCUAUCGGACCGUCUGUGAGGAAGGUUUCUGGCUUUGAUUUGUGUGCAGCUGCUGCAGGUCUCGAGAUAUUCUACAUAUUUAUUCCCAUGAAAAGACCAAAGCCAACUUUUAAGAAAUAUUGAUCCAUUAAAACAGACGUUAAACUCACUCGAACACCCGGAAUUCUGAUUUGUCUUUUCAUGGGAGUUGAUGACAAUAAAAAAAAAACUGAUUUUAAUUGAAGUUCCUCCUCUCUCCUGUAAGUCAUGCAAUGCACACAAAUCUUCCCCAGACCAGGGAACUUAUUUAUGUGGGUGAAACUUGUGUCUCUUCUUGUUCCUUUGUGACUCGCUGAGUCCGUUUUAAGUCUUUGUGUAUCUAAAGUGAAAUGAUCAUCUGCUUGCUGGGGAGGAGGUGGUCAAAGGGAAACAUCUUCUCCACCUGUCACAUACUGACCUGAUGUAUCUGUAAUAGUUAUCUUUAUAAUAUAAUGAGCAGAAAAGUGAUCCUCAUCCAUCACAUAGAAACAUGGGUGUGGCUUAAAGAGGCGGUCCGGUGACUUGAUGCAAAGCACCCAUAGUUCCCACAAUGCAAUGUUUUACCCCAACGCCACCAGCCGUUUGUUACUCAGGUUUUCUGUUGAAGGUUCAUUUUAUAUUUUCAUCAUCCAUUCAUGCUUUUUUUUUUGUUCAAAACAAAAGUCCAAGCAUCCCAAAAUGUGCCAUUUAAAAUGUGACAAAUAGCAGCAGUAGACGGUCCGUUUGAGGGGCUGAGUUCAGAGACUAUUUUAAUUAUUAUUGCUGCGACCAUAAAUAGUAAAUAUUAAUACUUUCAGAUCCACUGUGAACUUUCUGACCGCUGUUUACGCUGCAUUGUGAGCUGUAGACAAACACCAACAAACGUAAGCAUGAAUGUAAACAAAGCAGGACGUCACAUGUUUAAUGAGGAAGGAAGGUUGUGUUCAAGUACACACACAAAGAGUAGGACGCCCCACACCCCUUCAACUUGUGACUCCUUUACUGGACUCUCUUCUGUCUUUUCAAUUCUGAUGCCAAAAUGUGAGACGUCAGCUUUAUUAUAUCUCCUAUUACUUUUGUUUGUUUUGUGUCGCUAAUGAAACACAUCACGUGUUCUAGGAAUUUAUUGCUAAAUCGUGUUGGAUACACAACGGAUGUAUCGAUCUGGAGGAUGUUACGGGAAACACUUCUGCACUGUGACGCGAUUUUAUAAUGAUAUGUGAGAAUUAAGAAUGUCACCCAGACUUUGGCUUGCUUGUUUUUAUUAUCAAUAAAAUAUUAUUCUGAGCA